CUCAAUACGAUCCUGGGAAUAAUGCCCCUCCUUACUACUCGAUUGCCGCACACUCACAGAUUGAGGUGUGGCCAUCGAGGGCAGCCAUCUUCUUGACUUUCUGUCGCUUAGCAUUUCAGCGUGCUACAUAUCGCUUUGUUAACGGCGCAACCGGGAACUCUGUGUGUCAAGGAGGGAAAAAAAAACCUUCUCCUCCUCCCGCGAUAGAGGGCCGAGGGAGUGCCAUGCGUUACGAAUCCACAGCAUCUUCGCAUGACGACCGUUUAAUUCAACAUACAAGAAGCUACACGCUGUGACUGCAUUCAAUCACUGAUUUGGGAUCGUUUGUACCAGUUCAAAUACGACCUGGGCUUUAAUUCAGUAUGUAAAUCGUCCUCUAGGCUCUAGACCCCUGCGUCGCUAUCCUGUCGCACCUUCAGCGCCCCCAUUUUCCCCUCUCUGGCUUUAUCCCCCUCCGCCACCACCUUUCGGCAAUGCACUUCCGGCUGUGCAAAAUUCGACAAAAAAUUCCGAAUCCCAGUCCGGAAACCUACAGAGACGCUGAAAGAAAGACUAAAAACAUGGGAUGCAAUACGGGCCGAUGCCUCGGUCCAGACGAUACGGGGUACCCUGGAUCAGAAUUCAUGGCAGCCAUUAGAAAGAAAUUGGUUAUUGUGGGUGAUGGUGCUUGUGGUAAAACAUGCUUACUUAUAGUCUUCAGCAAAGACCAAUUUCCAGAAGUUUAUGUACCUACAGUGUUUGAAAAUUAUGUUGCAGAUAUUGAAGUUGAUGGGAAACAAGUGGAACUGGCUCUUUGGGACACAGCUGGACAAGAAGAUUAUGAUAGGUUGCGUCCACUAUCAUAUCCUGAUACAGAUGUAAUCUUAAUGUGUUUCUCUAUUGAUAGUCCAGAUUCCCUGGAAAACAUUCCUGAGAAAUGGACACCAGAGGUGAAGCACUUUUGCCCAAAUGUGCCCAUUAUCCUUGUUGGAAACAAAAAAGACUUACGCAAUGAUCCUAAUACUAUCAAAGAACUUAGCAAGAUGAAACAAGAACCAGUUAAGCCAGAAGAAGGAAGAGCUAUGGCUGAAAAAAUCAAUGCCUUUGCUUAUCUUGAAUGUUCUGCUAAAAGUAAGGAAGGUAUUAGGGAAGUAUUUGAAACAGCCACUCGGGCAGCACUACAAUUCGUAGGUAAAAAAGAAGAAGAAGGGAAGAUGUUGGCUCCUAUAAUUCUUGAAUUAUCACCGAUAACGAGACAACACUAAUGGAAUUGCUAGUUGCAAUGAAACUAGUUGUUAUGCCGGAGACCCCCAGCGGAAACAAUAAUAUAAUAACAAUUUAUCUUUAAUUAUUUUACAUAAUAAAGCAACUUAUUAAACAAGGAAACUAUAAAAAUACGUAAUAUAAAAAAAAAACUGUCGUCAAAACUGGAGACUUAAACUACUGAUUAAAUUCAAUACAAAUAUAUAUAUAUAUAUGUAUGUAUAUAUACAUAUAUAUAUAUAUAUAUAUACAUAUAUAUAUAUAUAUAUAUAUAUAUAUAUAUGUAUAUGUAUAUGUAUAUGUAUAUAUAUAAAAUAUCUUACACAACUGGGUCAAUUCAAAAUGACUUUAAAAUGAUAGGAGAUAGAAGAUGAAAAUUUCAUUAGAUAAAUAUUAAUAUAAAUAUUAUUAAGUAGUGCACUACAAAAUGCACAGUAUUACAUCUGUGAUCUAAAGUUAUGUUUCAAAGAUUUCUAGAUCAUUUCCAUUUCUUUAAAUUAAACUGGUUUUUAUAUCUAUAAAUAUAUAUAUAUAUAUAUAUAUGUAUAUAUAUAUAUAUAUAUGUCUAUAAAUAUAUAUACACACUUGACAAAUUGUCUUAAAUUUUAUAGAAAUAUGUUAAAGCACUUUGAAACGAUUAAUUCAAAAGAUAUUUUAAUUCUAAUUGUGUAAUUAUGUAUUGUAUGACAAACAGAAAAAAUAAACAUAAAAGCUUAUAUAUUAUAUUGUGCACAUUUUUUUUUUGUUUUUCAUAUACUAAAUUUUACAAAUUCAUAAUUAAAAUAAAAUUUUUAAACUAAACAUUUUCAGAUAAAAAUGUUUUCAUAUUUUUUAGAAAAUAAAAACAUCAAUUGAUUUAUUAAAAAAUAUAAAAUAUCAUUUAAGAAACUAAUGAUGACUUUGAAUUCUUUGAAACGCUUUCAUUUUCAGCAUAUAUGCAUCAAAUAUUAUAUUUAUUUAAAACUAUUUUGUUAAAUGAAAUUUUUUUUCUAUCUUUUUUCAUCUCAAAGUUAUAACUUGAUCAAAUUGCGUAGAUAUUUUGUAUAUGCUAUAGUAUAUGAGAAACUAUAAUGUAUAUUGUAAUGACUACUUGAUUGUAUUUUUUAAUAAUAAUGAAUUGUGCUUCAAGUUUAAAAAUUAAACAAUUGUCAUACCAACUAUUUAUAAUUAUGAUAUAUAAUUAUCUAUAUCAUUGUAGUAAUUAUCAUUAUUAUUAGUAUCUCAUUGCUAUCAUAUGCAUCUCUUUCUUUUUUCUUUUUUUAAGUUGUAGUGCAUGUUUAUUUUUUAAUAAUAAAAAGAAAGUAGAAAGAAGAUGAAAAAGUUGGGGGAAUUCCUAAAACAAUAUAAAAAGAGAAAAUGGAAAGAAUAAAGAUGUAGUAUGCAAUGUAAAGUCAUAGAAAGCAAUGUAAGAAUUUAAAACAAAAUGUUAAGAAUUCCAAAUGUUACGUCGCUAUUUUAUCAAACCAUCGCAUUAUAUCUAUAUUUCUUACACAAAAAAUGAACUUUAUAUUAUAAAAUUGCGUAAGUAGACCAACUGAUCACUUUGAUCUUUAAGAUAUCAACUAGAUUAAAUGUAUUAUUAAUUAUUAUUAUAAUUAUUAAUUAUUUUUAUUAUUAUAUUAUUGUAAUACGAUGACACUAACAUUACGGAUUGUAACAGCGAUUAUAUUUAUAUAUUUCGACAACACAUUCAUUGUAUCCAAGUACAGAAGUACAUAAAUAUCUUAGUUGCGUUUUAUUACGCGAUAUUUUUUCAAAUUAUUCGACAUAAUGUAAUUACUCUAAAUUAAUAAUUUAAGGCGAACAAUUUUCAUAAAAAAUAUUGAUUUUUAUAGUAAAUCAUGGGACUUACAGGAUACUUUAUACUUUAUACUUCUACCAAUGUUUCGAUUUCGAUUGAAAGUAAUAUGUAUUCUUCAAACGUAAUUAAUUUAUGAGUUCGAGUUACCUUUACAAAA